AUGCUGUCUUUCUGGGUUUAUCUUCUUUUGCUUUUUACAACCGUUCUGCUAGCGCGGAUCUCUAGGCUAGCUAGUGAACGCAAAUCCGCGCGUAGAUCUCUGCUAACCGGUGAUAGUGGGCUCUGCGUGAUAACUGGGGGAGGCUCUGGCCUUGGCGAGGCCUUAGCACAUGAGUAUGCUGCUCUGGGGCAUCCGCUGCUUCUGAUAGGAAGAAAGCAUGAAAAUCUAGAGCGUGCUAAGCAUGCACUAAUUGAGAAGUUCGGAGAAAAGGCCUCCGUUACCGUUCUUGCCGCAGAUCUAGAGGUAGAGUCAGAGUGCAUAAAGGUGGUGGAGUAUCUUCGCGACAAGAGCGUCUUCCACCUUGUUAAUAACGCUGGUGUCGGGCAGGUAUCUGCCGAUAUAAGCGUAAGUGAUGCCCGCUCUAUCGCAUCGAUCAAUUUGACUGCCCCUGCUGUGCUUUCUGCUGGCAUCCAUGCAGGUCGUUACAUAUUCAUUUCCUCUCCACAGGGCUUGCUUCCGAUGCCGAACAGAUGUGUGUACGCUGCAUCAAAGGCUGGAAUACACAACCUCGCCGAAUCCAUGCGGCUCGACGGAAUGAAUGUAACGACUGCUUACCCUGGCUGGAUUGCAACCAGACUCCGGAUGAACGCUCGUGGCAACGGCCUUCCCAAUCCUCAAGCACGGACUGCCCGCUCUGCAGAAGACGUAGCCAAGGAAAUCGUCUCUGCCGCUCUGUCAGGCAAGCGCGCGUGCUGCUUGGAUGCAAAGACACGGAUAGUGGCUAUCCUUUACUCGGUAUGGCCAGAAGCAGCAGAGUUCCUAAUAAAGUGUGCUCUUAAGUAA